AUGGAGGCUGGCACCGACAGCCAGGUGCAGUGGAGCAAUCUUCUUGAGGCUGGCGAUGCUGCCACACUGUUUGCCAUAUUUCGGGAGACAGUUAGUUCCGCUCUUCCUGGCUCCUCUGAGACCAAGUCUAUACUGCAAUUUAUGGAGUCACAUCUCUACGUGGCUGCGCUAAAGGUUGAUCUGGAAGCGUUGUGUACCACAACUUCAAUGGGGUUCUUGGAAUCCGUUCUGAACGAAACUCGUCCAUCUAGACUUGAUCCACGUGAGUGUCUAACCGAGCUGUUGUCCGCGACAUGGCUCGGUGACGGGUAUGGUGUUGCUGUUUACCUCCGUCUUUUGCAAGCAACGUUCCGCCAGAUAUUUUUUGACACGCUUCGACGAAGGAAGGAGUGCACCACGGUGGUGGAGCGGCGUCUAAAAGCACGGACAACAAUGCGUGCGUGGUAUGGUGGUGUGGAUAGCCGUGUCUCUCAGAUCAUCCUAAGACUUUGUAAGCGAGAUGCACUUCCGAAGAUGGUUCAAACGGUGAAGAGGUUUCAGACAGAUGGAUGUGGCAGUGACGAUGACGAGGAACAAGAUGAUAAUUCAACGGACACACUGCCUCUCGUUGAGCCAACUACACUUGAGGCCUUACUGCAAUUGGUGUUGGACCUCUCGACUGUGGUCGGGGAUUCCCGAAGGACAGUGCCGCUACUGUUGAUGGUGAAGGCAGUAACCGUCGCGGCGCAGUCGUACAGUGAUGAUGAUGAGUUUCUGCAUAAAAAUGGAAACGAGUGGCAAAAGUGGGCUGCCACUUUGUGUCGAGUGGGUGACAUGAAAACGGGGACAAGUACACCAACACAUGACAUGGAGUAUUCUCCUGCUCUGGCAUCACGGGGGAACUUCAGGGAAACAGGGGAGAGAGCCACACGGGCGCUACUAGACAUGAUUCCGGCCUGUGGUCUUGUGGCGUUCCUUCUGGAGUGCUCGGACGGUAGAUUUGGCAAAGAUAUAAUGGAUAGCGUCGCGUACGAGGACAACGAGCGCGGGCGGGAUGCGAGUAGCACCAAGGUGUUGGCGAGAAUACAGGCCCUAAAAAAAGAAGAAGACGAACUUUGUGUCUUAUCAGAUGGGGACUGGGUCAGUGAGGAGGAUGAACAUUACGUGGGGCAUUUCUCCCUACGCAUGGUCGGCGCUAUGUUGUUGCUAUGCGAUCUGAUGAUGCAAGACUGCUGUGAAUGCCGCUCACUUCUUUCCAACUCCCCAUCAGUUUUAUUCUUCCUCUUGGGGCCCAUGCUCUUGGAGAGCUUGAAGAGUUCUUCCUUGAGUGUGGCAAUGACUGGCUUGGCCUUGCUAGCCGUGGUGCUUCCUCAUGUGCCUCCCUAUAGUAUCCAUGCCUAUGGUGAGUUGAACGAAGAGUCCACACAGGCACAGGGGUUGGAGGAGGAUGCUCCUUCUCUAGACUCAUGUAGCUAUCACACGAGAAAAUUUGGGCUGGUGUUUGAACUGGUAAAGUCUCUGAUGAAUAUUUCAGCAACUUGUCCCAGCGAAGCCCAUCGCGUGGUAGCUCGUGCGGUCUUUACUCUUUUUCUUCGACGCUGCGCUGGUGAUUUGCGUAUGGUUGUGUACUCUUCAUUUCUUGUUGUGACGCCAUUUGCUUCUAUCUGCUCGCUGAUGCUGCAUUCAUUGCGUGAGGAGUGGAACAGCUGUCAGUCCUUGUGCAAUCCAUCAGAGUAUCGUUUUCUUAGAAGGACCCUUCCGCGUUGCCUGCUGCGAACACAGGAAAACUGGAUGAAGAGACUGCUCACGGGUGAAACGGGAUUCAUAGAUCCUUUGGUGCAAUCGCUUAAUUUUGUCCGUUCACUUAUCGCCGAGGAUUAUCGGCGGCAACCGAAGGAUGCGUUGUUUCAAUUCGCUAGCGGAGACCCAAGGGCCCAGCUCCGCAAGGAGACGGGGAAGGGGGAAUCAUGCGACAGAUGGGAUACAUACCUCUCUCGUCUUAUGAGGGAUGUUGUGCCGCAGCUGCGUGCCUUGGUAGUGGCGGCAGAAGCGGCAGUCUCCUCGUCGACGGUGGAGGAAAAGGGGGCGAAGGAGCCGUUGGGGGCGUUGCGCACCGCGACGCUCUCACCGCUUGACUGCUUUGCGCUCACCAUGGCCCUGGAAGGCUUGGAGGGGCAAGUGGUGUGUGGCGGUUGA